AUGGAGACCAUAAACGACAAGACACCAGGUGCCGGUGGCCAUCGAAGCUCAGGCUCAACUUCAUUUGAAGCGAUUGCGGCGGCUCUUAUACCCACCCUUAUAACAGCCUGUGCCUUUUUGCUUGCUUUCCUCGCCCUCAGAUCGAGGUAUCGGAACAUCUAUGCACCCCGGACAUACUUUUGCACGAUACCGCAUAAGGAUCGGACUCCUUCAUCUAGCCACGACUCUGUGUCUUGGUAUCACGAUUAUCGGGUCCUGGACGACAAGUUCAUACUUCGCCAUUCGUCAUUGGAGGCAUAUCUCUUCUUGCGGCACCUGCGCAUGAUCAUUCUCAUCUGUGGUGUUGGUUGCUGUUUGACGUGGCCGAUCCUUCUUCCAAUAAAUGCUACCGGAGGGGGUAACUCUUCUCAACUAGACAAGAUAUCCUUCAGCAAUGUCCUAGGUGGCAAGCGGCUGUAUGCGCACGCUGUCGUCGCCUGCGUGUUCUUUGGCUUCAUCAUACUUCUGAUCACCAGGGAGAGGUUGUUCGUUGUGGGACUUCGUCAGGCUUACCAAAAGGUGCCCUUGAAUGCGACGAGACUAUCUUCCCGGGUAGUACUGUAUCUAUCCGCUCCACCCGAGGCUCUCCGUGAGCAGAAUAUCCAACGGUAUUUUGGAAGGGACGCUGUCCGAUCCUGGGUGGUCUCAGAUCUCAGCCAUCUCGAAAAGGCUGUCAGUAAGAGGGACAAGAAGAUUGAUAGCCUCGAAGGCUUCGAGCUGCAGCUGCUGAAACAGGCAAACAACAGGAAUGGAAAUGCUCAAAAUGGUCGCGAUACAGUGGGAGACAACUCUCAUGAAUCACCGCAGCCAGAUAUCGAUCGGCACAAACCGAAGUCCAAGUCGAAAUACAUCUUUGGAGAAGAAAUAGACAGUAUCGCAAAGUUGCGCGAAGAGCUUCCUGCCCUGAUCUCUGAUGUGGACCAAGUUCGACAAGCAGACUCUGGUAAGCCGCGGGGAAGGACAGGAGCCAUUUUUGUCGAGUUCAAGGACCAGGCCAGCGCCCAUCAGGCUUUUCAGCAGGUACAACAUUCAUCCCCAUUAUCUCUGCAGCCGAAGUAUGUUGGUGUCCUGCCCAAAGAAGUUCUCUGGCAGAAUCUCAAUCUCGAACCAUCGCUGCGGAUCACCUAUUCCUACAUUGCGAUCGCAGUCGCCGUUGCCACCAUCAUUCUCUGGUCUAUUCCUGUUGGACUGAUUGGAACCAUUUCCAACAUCAACUAUCUCACGGACAAAUUUCAUUUCCUCCGUUUCAUCAACAACCUUCCGGAGGCUGUCCUGGGCCUUCUCACCGGCCUUCUUCCACCAUUGCUCCUCAGCACUGUAGUGUCUUAUGUGCCAUAUUUCUUCCAGUAUGUGGCACAGAAGUCAGGUCAACCAACGACGACAGAAAGUGCGAAAUGGGCUCAGACCUGGUACUUCAUUUUCCAAGUCAUCCAGGUCUUUCUCGUCACAACCUUCUCGUCAGGUGCGGCGGCAUUGGCCAACAGGAUCGCGAAUGAUCCAACCUCACUCCCGAAUCUGCUGGCCAAGAAUCUACCGAAAGCGUCAAACUUCUAUUUGACAUACUUCAUCAUCCAGGGUCUUGGAACAGCAUCCAAGAACGUCCUGAACUACUCGGAUCUGUUGUCCUAUGUAUUCUAUUACAACAUCUUAGCCAAGACACCCCGGCAGAAAUUCAACACCUACUCACGGUUGAAGGGAAUUAGCUGGUUCACAGUCUAUCCCAAGUUCACCAACUUGGCUGUGAUCGCAAUCGCUUACUCGUGUAUCGCUCCGCUCGUCCUCGGAUUUGCAGCAGUCGGAAUCUUGUUCUUCUACCUUGGCUACCGAUACAACCUGCUUUAUGUCGUUCAAGUCAAGACCGAGACUCGAGGAGAGUGCUAUACAAUGGCCCUUCAACAUCUAAUGACCGGAAUCUAUCUUGCAGAGCUCUGCCUGAUUGGUCUCUUCGGUAUCAAACAGGCGGCCGGCCCGGCGACGCUCAUGACGGUCUUCUUGGUGAUCACCGCCCUUCAUCACUUAACAGUGCAUAAAUACCUCGCUCCUUUAGAGCAGUAUAUGCCUGUUGAUGUCUUGUCGGAGGAUGAUGAAGAACAACCGCUGUUGAGUGAAGGGGAGGGAGGGAGAGAACCAAGGGCAAACCCUACCGAACAGUCUCGCGUCUACAAAUUUGGCGCGGGCAAAGUCCCGGCCAUCCUGCUUGACCCUCUGGCUGCCUUCCUGGAGCCGCACCUCUUCGCUUCAGAAGAAGCCCUGCGCCCUUGGUUGCAGGAUCCUGAAGCUGAAAGCGAGGAAGGCAAUUCGUACCGCGAAGAACAGAUCAAGAAUGCCUACCUGAACCCAGCCUUGACAUCGAAAACGCCAACAGUGUGGUUACCAAGAGAUGGGAGAGGCGUCUCCAAACAUGAAGUCAGUGAAAACGAAAAGGCUGGUCUGCCUAGCACUGACGAGGGGGCGGAAUUGACCCCCUCUAACAAGGUUGUCUGGGAUUGUGAGGACUUUGCAAGCGUUCCUAUCUUCAAGCAAGCAACGAGAUAUUAA